AUGAAGCACCCCUACCAAUGCCUGGUCGCUCUCGAGCGCGUGGGCUCUCAGGACGUGAAACUGCUGCUCGCCGCGAGCGCACAUAAUUUGCUCUGCAUCGACCUUGCCACCGGCGAAAUUCGAAGCAUAUGGUCUGCUGCAUCCUCCAGUAAUGCCCCCCCGGACGGUCCGCAGCCAGAGACGCCCGAGGGCCCGCCAGAAAAGAAAAGAAAAGUGUCGGAAGACCCGGCUCCGCGGCCUAGGAUCAUCCGGCUUGUGGCUUCGCAUGACGGCCAGUACAUUGUUGCUGUGACCGGCGAGGACAAGCGAGUACGCGUCUUUUCAUUGGACGCCAGCGGGGCGUUGAAGCAUUUGAGUGAAAGGACCAUGCCAAAGCGCCCAUGCGCGAUUGCCGUAACCCAGGAUGACCAAACGAUUCUCUGUGCGGAUAAAUUCGGAGACGUCUACGCCCUGCCGCUCCAGCACACUUUGGAGGACGAGCAAGCCUUCAUCACCAAAGCGGAGCAGGCGCCGAAGACGUUUGUCCCAACCGCCACUAAUUUGACCGUGCACACGGGCAGGAAUCGCAGGGCUCUGGAGGCCCAGCUUAAGCAACAAGAAACCCAGGGAAAGUCCAAGGAGCCUUUGCGAUUCAAGCACGAACUACUUCUUGGCCAUGUAUCGAUGCUGACGGAUCUGCUGGUCGUCACUCUGGAUGCCGAAUCGAACGGAUCCGCUGCAGGACGUCGCAGCUACAUCUUGACUGCGGACCGCGAUGAACACAUUCGAAUCUCACGAGGUCAACCUCAAGGUCACGUCAUCGAAGGUUUCUGCCUUGGCCAUAAAGAGUUCAUUAGCAAGAUGUGUUUAGCAACGCCACAUGUUCUUGUGUCUGGUGGCGGCGACGAUGACUUGCUCGUCUGGGACUGGCUGAAAGGCAGCCUGCUGAAGAAAGUUUCACUCCGAGACAUCUUGUCGUCUAUUCCAGACGAAGGGGAAUUUGCCGGCGAGAAAAGACGUGAUCUCAGCAUUGCAGUGUCGGGCAUCUGGGGCGUCCCGCAGACGGCCAAGGAGAAGAGGGCGAUUCUGGUGGCACUGGAGGGUGUGCCUGCAUUGAUCUCGAUAGGCAUAGAAGCAUUGCAGGGCGCCGAGCCGGUUCAGGCGACGGCUAUCCCCAUCGCUGGCAAUGUCUUGGAUGUGGCCGCCGGCUCGGACGGGGUGAUCAUUUCCGUAGACAGCAUUCACGUGCCGGGGUCGACGACCGCCAGGCGCUCUGAGCAGGAAGCAGAGCAGGCAGCGCGGCUGUUGUGGGCGGACAGCGCGAUGGUCGAGGGAGCGAUGUCGGGGAAGGAGCAGCUGGGGCGGGCGAAUCAGCUGGACACGGCGGAGACAAGCAACAGCGACGGUUUGGGCGAGCUGUUGUAUGGGAUCGCGAAUCUGCGCAAGCGCGGAGGGGGUGGUGACGAGUGA